GCUACCAGGCGGGCGUGCAUGCGCCCUUCGGAGCGCACUCUGGACUCAACGGCGCGGAGGUGGGGUGGGGGGCCACCGCAGCCAUAGCCAUGGCUCUCUGCGCAACCGCCAGUUCCCGGACCCGGCCCAGCGUGGCCGAGAGCAAGGCCUCCCCUCGCUCCUUUUCCAUCGAGAGCAUUUUGGGACUAGAGCCGAAGAAGGAGAGCAACCCCCCUAUCCCUCCUGCCAAGCUCUGGACAGAUCCCUGCUGCCCCUUAGGAGAAGAUGGGAAUCCACGCCUAUCCAUCCCCAUCUUGCCCAGCAGCAGCCUGCUCCCUCACCCUGGGAAUUAUCCUAUAUCAGAAGAAAGGAUAUUGAAAUAUGAGAAAUAUGUAUCAGCCUCAGAAAGACUGUCUUUUAAAAGAGAGUUGAGUUGGUACCGAGGCAGGAGACCAAGAACUGCUUUUACCAGGAACCAGAUUGAAGUAUUGGAAAAUGUGUUUAGAGUAAACUCCUAUCCUGGUAUUGAUGUCAGAGAAGACUUGGCUCGGAAAUUGAAUUUGGAGGAAGAUAGAAUCCAGAUUUGGUUCCAAAAUCGCCGUGCAAAGCUGAAAAGAUCCCACAGAGAAUCCCAGUUUCUGAUGGUGAAAAGCAGUUUGAAUACAAAUCUCUCCAAAUAGGAAGGAGAUAGAGUCUUUGGGACUGUAUUUCAAUUACAGGCCUAGCAGAAGAGCCAGUGGAGUGCCCUAGCAUCAGAAAUUGAAUGUUUUUAUUUACCGCAUCUCAUUCUGAAUUACCUGUUAUUCUUUUUUCCUGAAAAGACAUUGUAAAUAACCAUUCCUGUAACAU